UUUGCAGUGUCACUCCUGUUUGAAAUCAUGGAAAAUGGGAAUAUCACCACAUAUUUCAUUCUCCUAGGACUCUUUAACACCACCAGAAUGCACCAGUUUCUGUUUGCGAUGGUUCUGACGAUUGCUUUCACCUCUGUAGUGGGCAAUGCCCUUGUGCUUCUCCUGAUUUACAGGGACCGCCAGCUCCACACACCCAUGUACCUCCUCCUGAGCCAACUCUGCCUCAUGGAUCUGAUGCUGGCUUCCACUACUGUGCCCAAAAUGGCUGCUGACUACCUGACUGGAACGAAGUCCAUCUCCUCUGCUGGGUGUGGGUUGCAGAUUUUCUUCUUCGUUACUCUGAGUGGUGGAGAGUGUUUCCUCCUGGCUGCCAUGUCUUAUGACCGCUAUGUGGCUAUUUGCCAUCCACUAAGAUACUCCAACCUCAUGAGCUGGCAGUUUUGCCUGAGAAUGACUUCGGGGUGUUGGUUCCUGGGAGCAGCUGAUGGACUCAUGCAAGCUGUUGUUGCCUUGAGCUUCCCAUUUUGUGGUGUACACGAGAUUGAUCAUUUCUUCUGUGAGGCUCCCAUGUUGAUGCGCUUGGCUUGUGCUGAUACAUCUGUCUUUGAGUAUGUCAUGUACAUCUGCUGUGUGUUAAUGCUCCUGGUUCCCUUUUCCAUCAUCCUGACCUCCUACAGUCGCAUCCUCACUGCUGUUCUGCAAAUGCAUUCUAUGGAAGCCAGCAAGAAGGCCAUUGCCACCUGUUCGUCACAUUUGGCUGUUGUAGGACUCUUUUAUGGAGCUGUCAUUUUUAUCUACAUGAGACCCAAAUCCUACAGGUCAGCUGACCACGAUAAGGUGGUUUCAGCAUUCUACACUAUCUUCACCCCUGCAUUCAACCCCCUCAUCUACAGUCUGAGGAACCAUGAUGUCAAGGGAGCCCUGAGGAAGUGGAUGGGCCAGUGUGCUGCCUUAAAUCGUUAUUAG